AUGGAAAAAACCGCAGCCUUACAUCAAAGGAAAAUCGUGCUCCCGCUGCGCCUCUUGAUCACUCCCGUUGACGGAACCGUUUGGGGGGCACCAAGCAGCCAGCAGCCAGUAACUAGCAACCAGCAACCAGCAGCUCGAAGUAACUCCAAACAAGAACAACAAACGCAUCAACAACCCAUGUCAAGGUACAUAUACUCAAGCACCUCUUCAUACUGGAGAGACUACGACGACCGUGGCGGAUACGAUAGUGACGAGCAUCGCAGACACAGAGAUUCGAACCGGCGCCGCCGAGACAAAGACCAAGAUGCCCGGCGUCGUGACCACUCCGACUUUCAUCGUGACCCGCUGGGGGUGAUGGCUGAAGGAAUCGGCAAGUUUGUCAAGAAGUCGUUUGGAGUGGGCGACAGCAGUCGAUCGAAGAAAGGGCCCAUUUCGUGGGCGUAUGGUGGAUAUGCGACAUCCAAAUCCGAUCUUUCCGGCCGGAGACACGAGGACGACUGCAAAGACCGCGCCAGGGCCUCCAGGCGGUCGUCGAGGGAGUAUGCAUACCAUGACGAUGUAUAUGGAUACCCUUGGCGAUCUACUGACCGAAUUAGUAGACCGUGGUCGCAGUACGGAGAAUAUCAUCACCACCAACAGUACCACUGGGUCGACAACCAGUAUGGAUACCCCACCGCCGCGACAAACCGUACAUCGCGAAUGUGUUCAACUUCGCAUGCCUGGAUGCCUCAGAUGUCGGGUGGGUAUUACCAUAGUUACUGGCGGCCAUCGAGGGGCGAGCCAGAGUACUACUUUGACAAGGAACGGAGACGCAGGGAGAAGACACAGACGCCGCCGGUAGGUACGGACGGUCGAUAUACGCAGUCUGGAUCGAAACACAGUUCCUCUAGAGCUAAGAGAAGGUCGACGUCCUCAACCAAGGCUGAGAUGCCGCCGAUGCAAGCCGACGGACAGCAGUCGGGAUCCAGAUACCGUUAUUACAGGGUGAAGCACGGAGCUAGAUUUCCGACCGAGACAGAGCAGCCGAUACCGAUGACGCCGACGACACCGACGACGCCAAAGAAGGUGCGGUUUGAGGGCAUCCAUGUGCACUCAGAUCUCUCGGAUUAG